AUGACCUGUGGCUUCAGCUCCGUGGGCUGCGGAUUCGGUCCCAGGAACUUCAGCUGCAUGUCGGCCUGCGGGCCCCGGCCCGGCCGCUGCUGCAUCACCGCCGCCCCCUACCGCGGCGUCUCCUGCUACCGCGGCCUCACCGGCGGCUUCGGAAGCCACAGCGUCUGCGGCGGCUUCCGCGCCGGCUCCUGCGGCCGCACCUUCGGCUACCGCUCCGGCGGCGUGUGCGGGCCCAGCCCGCCCUGCAUCACCAGCGUGUCGGUCAACGAGAGCCUCCUCACGCCCCUCAACCUGGAGAUCGACCCCAAUGCGCAGUGCGUGAAGCACGAGGAGAAGGAGCAGAUCAAGUGUCUCAACAGCAGGUUCGCUGCCUUCAUCGACAAGGUGCGCUUCCUGGAGCAACAGAACAAGCUUCUGGAGACCAAGUGGCAGUUCUACCAGAACCGCAAGUGCUGCGAGAGCAACCUGGAGCCCCUGUUCGAGGGCUACAUCGAGACGCUGAGGCGGGAGGCCGAGUGCGUGGAGGCCGACAGCGGGAGGCUGGCCUCGGAGCUCAACCACGUGCAGGAGGUGCUGGAGGGCUACAAGAAGAAGUAUGAAGAAGAGGUAGCACUUCGGGCCACAGCGGAGAACGAGUUUGUGGCUCUAAAGAAGGAGGUGGACUGCGCUUACCUCCGCAAGUCAGACCUGGAGGCCAACUCGGAGGCCCUGAUCCAGGAGAUCGACUUCCUGAGACGCCUGUACGAGGAGGAGAUCCGUGUUCUCCACGCCCACAUCUCAGACACCUCGGUCAUCGUCAAGAUGGACAACAGCCGGGACCUGAACAUGGACUGCAUUGUGGCCGAGAUCAAGGCUCAGUACGACGACAUCGCCAGCCGCAGCCGGGCUGAGGCCGAGUCCUGGUACCGCAGCAAGUGCGAGGAGAUGAAGGCCACGGUGAUCCGGCACGGGGAGACCCUGCGCCGCACCAAGGAGGAGAUCAACGAGCUGAACCGCAUGAUCCAGAGGCUGACCGCCGAGGUCGAGAAUGCCAAGUGUCAGAACACCAAGCUGGAGACCGCGGUGACCCAGUCUGAGCAGCAGGGCGAGGCGGCCCUGAGCGACGCCCGCUGCAAGCUGGCCGAGCUGGAGGCCGCCCUGCAGAAGGCCAAGCAGGACAUGGCCUGCCUGGUCAAGGAGUACCAGGAGGUGAUGAACUCCAAGCUGGGCCUGGACAUUGAGAUCGCCACCUACAGGCGGCUGCUGGAGGGCGAGGAGCAGAGGCUGUGUGAAGGUGUUGGAGCUGUGAAUGUCUGCGUCAGCAGCUCCCGGGGCGGGGUCGUCUGCGGGGACCUCUGCGUGUCCGGCUCCCGGCCUGUGACCGGCAGCGCGUGCAACGCCCCCUGCAGCGGGAACCUGGCGGUGAGCACCGGAAUGUGCGCGCCCUGCGGCCAGCUCAACACCACCUGUGGAGGGGGUUCCUGCGGGCUGGGGAGGUGUUAG